CGGUUGCGGUACCUGGGCCCAGAAAAACAUGGAACGUCCGCUCAGCCUGCAAGUGCCAUUGCAGUGAAUCUGUUUCACCACCCUCUCAACACCACUACACCACGAAACCAUUCAUUCGCUUCUUUCCUGUCGUCUCUCGCUAUACCACACUCGUUCCGCCAUCCGCCGAGUUCUUGCGUUGUCGCUCUUUUGCACUUACAACAGACACGGCGACUGCAUCAGAUACUGCGUUCCGACCCCAUCCUUCCCGCGCCCCUUGCGGACGCCGUGAACCGCAGGCGGCUGGCAGCCCAUAGCAACCACCGAGACUCUCUUUCGCCGACUUACCCUUCCUCUCAAUCAAUUCUGUCUGUCCUAGGAGCGGCCUUCCCAAGGCAGAAGUAGCCCAAUAUGGGCUUCGGCAAUUUCGACUGGAUCUGCGAGCGAUCUGCUCUGCCGUUAUGCUAUGUGCUGGGCAAUCCCACCGAGUUCACCUCAGCACAUAAUCCAGUCCUCCUUCCAGCAUGCUCGGCCCGGUCGAUCGAACUGGCAAACACCAUCAUCUUUCAAGCGGCCACGGACUUCGCCCACAUUGCCGCUCUGGGCAUGACAGCCAUCAUGAUCUUCCAUGUCCGGUCCAAGUUUACGGCUGUUGGACGAAAAGAGAUCUUGACCUUCUUCUACAUCUACACACUCUUGACCAUCAUCAGCCUGGUGCUCGACGCCGGUGUGAUACAUGCCACAAAUACCACCGCAUAUCCCUGGUUCGUGGCGGUUCAGAACGGCCUUGCCAGUGCGCUGUGCACCAGCCUGUUGAUCAAUGGGUUCGUGGGAUUUCAGCUCUAUGAAGAUGGCACAACGCUUUCCGUCUGGCUUCUGCGGCUCUGCAGUCUGGUCAUGUUCAUCAUCAGCUUUGCUGUCAGCCUGCUCACCUUCAAGGGUUGGGCCGGUCUAUCGCCAACCAACACCACAGGGCUGUUCGUCGUCCUGUACAUCAUCAACGCUGUUUUCCUGGCGAUCUAUUUUGUCAUGCAAGUCAUGCUGGUUCUUAAUACCCUCCAAGACAGGUGGCCGUUGGGCGAUCUUGCGUUUGCUGCAUUUUUCUUCGUCAUUGGCCAAGUUAUCCUGUACGUGUUUGGGAAACAAAUUUGCGAAGGAGCCAACCAUUAUCUGGAUUCCUUGUUCUUCGCCACGGUCUGCAACCUACUGGCGGUGAUGAUGAUUUACAAAUACUGGGACAGUAUCACGAAGGAAGAUCUCGAGUUCAGCGUUGGCACCAAACAGGGUCACUGGGACGUCAAAGAACCUCUGAUGGAGCCUAGCGAGGAUUACCGAACCAGUAUCUAUGGAGGCCUGGGUGGUGGCCGAGAGAGCGUAUACGACAUGCAUGGCAUGGACUACCAGUCUCAAUCUGCAGCGCUCCGAGCCCCCAGUCGAGAUCGAGCUUCCAUGUACGGCAACCUACCUGAGGGUAGGCAGAGUUACGGGGACAUCAGGCGGCACACGGGAACCUUCGAGGAUUAUGAGCCUCAAGCGUCCAGGCAGAGGAGCCGCGAGAAGGAUUAUGGUUAUUGACAGGGCGCAAGCAAAUGACGGAUACAUUUUGGGUUUGGCGAAACAUGGACGGCUGAGUGGCGCGGGAUUGGCGGGAGACAGUGUGCUUUGUUCCUGCCCACAGGCCGCUGGCUUUACGGUUGUGUUGGUGAGGACCGUCUUACAAUGGUAAUUUGCUGGGUUGUGUGCUCAUCUACAGGAUGCCGAGGUGAGACCAGCGGCGUGAAAUCUGAGCGUUAGCGUAGCAUUGAUAUUCCACAAUUUAUAGGAUAUAGCGCACUGUGUUCAGUAGCGAUAUGAGCAAGAUCGCGUUAGGGAAAUCCAUUUUGCUGACCGCGAACUAUUAUAAUUUUGGAGGCUGGACCUGUAAUAGAUACAAAGUAAUCGUCACCUAUCGUUACCCUCUUUGAAUACCCAGUCUGACAAAACGUGCUGCCACUGUUCAAAGAACCGUGUCGCCCACUGUCGAUUUACCGUGCAAAUCAUCAUCAUACACAGCGUUAUAUAGACCAUCA